GUUACGUUGGAGGUUGUGAAUUGAGAGGGAUUUUGGUGAAAUUCAGUGGUCACGGUUUAAUCAUCAAAUACAUUUCGGCUGCUUUUGUCCGCCUACACAUGAUAAUAGAAUUUACAGGGAAGUAAAAUACAAUGUAUUAAACACAGAAAUGUUAAACAGUGUACUUCUAUGGAGCAUUAGAGACGUUUUGCUUGCUAUAAACUAGCCAUGAACGUGUUCCAUUGUUUGCUAACCAGGCAAUUGCUAACUAGCUGAAAGCGUAGAGCUUUUCAUUAGCUGAAAAAACACAAAUAAAGCAGCAUUACUUUUUUGACAAGUUAAGUGACUAGCGCAAAAUGCCGGAGAUAAAACUCAAGCACAUCGUGUCUUGCAGCACUGAAGACAAUACUCACAAGGCUGACAACCUGCUGAGCUCGGACACAUAUAGAAAAUGGAAAGCAGCAAAGCCAGGGGAGAAACAAACCUCAGUCAUUAUACAGUUUGAGAAAGAAGAGCAGGUGUACAGCAUAGACAUAGGAAAUGAAGGGUCUGCUUUUAUCGAGGUGCUGGUGGGACACUCAACCUCUGUCAAAGACCAGGACUAUGAGGUUCUGCUGGCCACGUCCUCCUUCAUGUCCCCCACGGAGAGCCGUAACGCCACCAACACCAACCGUGUGCGCUUCUUUGGCCCUAACCAGCUGGUGAAGGCUCAGGCCCAGGAGAAGUGGGACCGUGUGAAGAUUGUGUGUAGCCAGUCGUACAACAAGAGCAUAGCAUACGGAGUGGCCUUCGUGAAGUUCCAUUCACCACCAGACAAAAGUGAUCCACCAACCACAACAACACCGAAGUUGACCAAGCUGGGCCAGUUUCGGGUAAAGGAUGAGGCCCCCUCGGCUUGCCCCAGUCUUCAGCCAGGCAGCCUCUUCUUCAACAGAGAGAGCACCUCCAAAGGCAGCCCAGCGCUCAAGGUUUCGCCACAGAAUGAGAAGCUCAGCUAUGCAGUUGCCGCCCUGCAGUCUGGGUCUGGCCACUCCUCAGCUCCACCGUCCUCCAACUCUCCCCCACCACAGGCACAAGUGAAGAGGAAGUUUGAGUUCAGUAAAGAGCGCCGGUCUGCCCUCGCUCCGCCCCCCUCAAAGAAACCCAGCCCUAUGGACUCCCCUGAACAGGGCACUACCACCCCGAAACCCAAGGCCAAACCCAGAACAGCCAGUACUCCCAGCCCCAGCACUGCCAAAGCCUCCCCUGCCCAGAAAACCCCAGACACCAAGAAGAAGGAGAGCCUGCCCAAACCAGAAGCCAAGCCCAGACCCAAACCCUCCAAAGCCCAGUCCAGCUCCUCUGAGGCCCCCGUUCCCCUCAACAAGAUCAUGGAGGGGGUGGUGUUUGUGCUGAGCGGCUUCCAGAACCCCUUCCGGGGGGACCUGAGGGACAAGGCCCUGGCCAUGGGGGCCAAGUACCACUCUGACUGGACCCCUAUCGCCACACACCUCAUCUGUGCCUUCUCCAACACCCCCAAGUACAGCCAGGUGAAGUCAGCAGGGGGCGUCAUCGUCCGGAAGGAGUGGGUGCUGGACUGCCACAAGAGGAAGCAGAAGAUCUCCUUCAAACGGUACCUGAUGGACGGAGCGGAGUCCAGCUCGGAGGGGAGCGACGUAGAGGAGGAUGAGGAGAGUGAGGAGGAAAAAGAGAGGAGGACUCCACAAAAGAGGAGAGAAGAAGAAUGGCAACCCACUCCCAGAAAGACCCCCAUCAAGAAAGAGGAGGAGGAUCUGUAUGGUGGCUCCACAGACGCAGAUGAACCAGAAGAUGAGUCUGGCAUGGACACGGAGGACGAGCUGAAGAGGGUGGAGAGCGAGAGUCGGCAGAAGAAAGGAGAGAAGGAGAGAAAAGGAGUGGAGGAGGAGGACCCUUUUGGGGGGUCGACUGACGAGAACACUGACGCUGAGGCCGAGGAGGACGAGCCCAUCCCUGAGCUACCAGAUUUCCUAACUGGAAAGCGAUUCUUCCUCUACGGCAAGUUCCCCAACAAUGACAGACGCCUACUCCUGCGGUACAUCAUCGCCUUCAACGGGGAGGUGGAGGACUACAUGAGUGAGCAGGUCCAGUUUGUUGUCACCAGCGAGGGAUGGCACGACUCCUUUGAAGACGCACUGAUGGAGAAUGGGCUUUUUAAAACAACAUAUCUCUGCUUCACCUCCACUACCUCAGGGUCCAUGUCGAAACUCCAGUUAUCAUGUCCUGAAAAGCCACUGGCUUUGAUAGAGGGGAGUGUAUGUGUUAGGAGCAACAUAAAGAGAUCUAGCUGUAGCCGGAAUGGCACCCUAUUCUCUAUAAAGAGCCCUAUGGGCCCUUGUCAAAAGUAGUGCACUACAUAGGGAAUAGGGUGCCGUUUACAGGCGUACAGGUGUUUGUUAGUUAUUUAAGGUCACUGACAAUCGAGGCCAACGACCACGAAAUAUGAAUAGAAAAUAAGGCCUUUGUCCUUGUUGCUAUGUAGGAAUAUGAAAUAGGCUUCAAGGAUUGGUUGGUAUUCCUCUCAUCUUACUAUUUUAUUUUUCAGCAAGUCCGCUUUGGGCAAAUGCAUGGGAUUGUAGUGUAAUUUGUAGCAUGUAGUGCUGUAGAAUUACGUGUACUUUUGUUUUAUUCAUGUUGUAUGCUUUUUGAAUUGUAAACAGAAACUAUUGUGUGAGGAUCCAAUAAGUCCUGUUUUUGCUUGGUUAUUUUUGUAAGUAUGUGAUAUGUGUUCAUCAUCCUUAUUUUUCCUGUCUGGAUUCGACUUGUUUAUUACAGCAUCUUAGCUUUGCUUUCAGAUUCUUCUCCCCAAAAAUAAAUAUUUGAUUAAUUAAAAUAAUGCAUUUUUUAAUGAAUUGUACACCCUCUAAUUUGAAUGGACCCCAUCCGUCUUUCCUCUAUUCAUGCUCUGUUUCCAUCCCUCCAUUCUCUAUCAUCUCGCCCCCCUCCCCCCCUCUAAUUCACUUCUACCCAUGUUUCCCUCCCCUGGGCGUCUGGGUCCUCUGCUCUCCAGUCAAGGGGAUUAGGGUAACGGAAGAAGAGCAAGAGAGGGAGGAGAGGAGAGAAAUGAAGAUAAAAUGUUUGAAUUCUCUGCCAUGGUUAUUUUGAAAGGAAAUCAUUUUCAGACUUCUUUUUGGGGGGGAAAUGUCAGUGGUGUGAGAUGAAUGCAUACAGUUUUAGACAUUCAUUACCUGACACAACAUACUCAACAUUGUUAAUGUUGAAAUGCCUUUUUUUUUUACAAGCCUUUUAGGAGUUUAUACUUAAUUCCAUUUGGAGCACCAGCUUGAUUCAUAGAUGUUUCAAAAGCUUUUAUUUAUUGUAUGGUCUCAUAUUCCUUUGACAUAUUUGGCAUGUCCUUGAAAUCGAGAGACUGGUAGAUCUGUGAGUUUAUCCUGUGCAAAGUAAGGCCCUUUUCACUUCAUGGUGUUGUCUAUACUGUUUUUCUUAAUCUGAUAGGCUAUGUCUUAGUCGAAUAUUGACAUUUUAUAGCUAUAUGGCUACAUUCUGAUGUACUUUGAGUAUUAUACCAUAGUCAAGUAUUCCUGUUAAUGAGUUGUGUGUGUCACACACAAUAUUUUUAUCCAGCUCUACUGUACUUCCUCAAGUUGUCAAUGUGUAGGCUGUACCAUUGUCUGGACCACCUGAGGUACCUUAUUCACAGUCUCUAAGCUUGCUUUCUCAUUGGCUAUGUCCCGAAUCUCCACCCUUUUCCAGAAGUGUACACUUGCACACUCCCUGUCACAGAUUAUAACGCAUAGGAAUGGUGUAAGCAUUGGCUGGAAGGAGUUUACCCCAUUGUAAAGUCCAUGCGAGGAAAGUGUGUGCACACUUUGGAAGAACGGUAAAGAAUUGGGUCUCAGCUAUACUGUGUAGAUCACAUUAUGCUCCCAGUGAGGGGCAUUGUGCAUGGAACAAACCAGCAGUCAUGAUCAUUUUAAGUGAGUUAUUUACUGAGAUACUGUAAUUGGAUGAAGGGGUUUUGAUUUGUACCUAAUUUGUUCAAAGUUCAAGUAGCAGAGAAACAUGAUAGACACAGAGAGGCUUAAAGGGCUGCUUCAUUGGAGAUGGUUUAAUUACCUUUCCCGAUAGUGUGCUGUCUUAUCUUAACUUCUAAGGCAGAGGUAGGCAACUAGAUUCAGCCGCGGACCGAUUUUUGUCAGAGCUGAUGGACUGGGGCCUGCAACAUAAUUCGUACACUGCAACAUAAUUCGUACACUGCAAAUUGACCAAGUAAGCCCAAAAUAUAUAUUUUAAAAUAAAGACACAAUCUUA